ACACAUUAUUUCCCCACACAACUAAACCCUGACACAAAGAAACCCCCAAAUCAGCCGCUAGCGACUCCUCACACCGCACAACAAUCAGUCGUUGGCACGGACAGACCAGCACAGGGUAUCCGCCACUCUAGGCCGUGCCCACCAUAAGCAACCAAUCCGGGAGUCGCUAGUUCCAGCGCUACCCAAUCCGAAUACAAAGAAGAGCAGUUGCCGAGCGACGGAAGUGGCGUGGUGGGUAAUAGGACAUCGUUUAGCCAAUGAGCUACAAAAACAUCACGCGCUUCGCGAUCCUACGCCCGCCCUCCAACUAACCAGCUGACAGCGCUGCUGUGCGACCAAUCCGAGCGGGACCCGGAGUGACGUCACGGAAGCAGGCCCUGCUAAUGGCGGAAGCUGCAGGGCCCUUCCAGCUGUUGCCUGAUGAUGGAGUGCAGAGUCAUCAAGUACUUGUGCCCCUAAUGCCUGUGCCCUCUCAGCACCAUGCAGCGGGGGUCCCUGGCUAGGGGCGAAGAUGAAGACCGACGGGGAAGCGCCGUGCCUUAUUCUCACCCCGAUCAACCCUCCUCCACCCCCAUUUUUAUCUUUCCCCCAAAACUGGACUUUUAUGCUGAUGACCAAGGGAGCCACAAGCAGGUGCUCACCCUGUACAACCCCUUCUCCCACGUGCUCCGAUUCAAAGUUCUCUGUACAGCUCCGUUACGGUACACGGUGGUUGAAGCUGAAGGUCUGGUGAAGCCAAAUUCCUGCAUUGACAUAGUGACGCGGCACCGAGAUAUCCGGGCGAGGAAUUACGGUACUACAGAUAAAUUCCGCAUUGAAGUUUGGGAGGAAGGAGCAAGUAGGGGCAGGGGGGGCAGAAAAGACGUGCCAGCCACAUUACAUGGCACCAAACCACAGGCAGCAGAGCGGCUCCCCCAAGUUUCCCUGCCGUGGCACCCCCCCUCACACGUGUAUUCCCUGAGACAUGGAUUCCCUCGCACUCCCUCUCCGUGGUUAUUUGGGCUGUACAUGUUGGCCGGGCUGGUUUCCAUGGUGAUCCUGAUCUUGCCUUUGCACGGAGACUCCAGAAGCCUCAUCCAUGAGAACCUGCAGGUGUCGGUGGUGCAGAAACUAGUGGCUGCGUAUGUGCUAGGCCUCCUGACUAUGGUUUUCCUGCAAGGGUGACUGAGCCCAUGGCCUGCACUCCAAUCCCAGGAUAUGAACCCCCCAGGUCUCAGCUCUGUGUAUGAGUAUACAGCAAGAGGAUCUACUAUCUGGAAACCCAGGACCCAGAAUAUGUCAUUACCUAUUGUGUCCCAUAUUCGGCUGCUUUGCUUUUCCCGGUAUAAUGAGUCCGUAUUCUCUCAGCUGCAACUCUCCCUGCUAAACGCACGGACAUUAUAGAGGGAUCCACAUUAUAGAGGGAUCCACAUUACAGAGGGGUUACGCGCAUUUCAGAUAAUAGAUCCAAGUCUUGUGUAUAAAAUCAAGUGAAAUGAUACAAAUUCCUGUAUUGUGUACAUUGCCUAGAUCUCAUGUAACUGAUACAUCAUCUGUCCUGAAAUCAUUUUUACUAAAUAAAUUCUGUGAUCAGCU